GUUGGUAAGAUGGGUACUGUGCAGUUUGCCAACGGCGAUCGUCCUACCGCCGACUGGGUUGAUCUCCACGCCCCUUUCAACCCCCGAGGCGAUGGAUACCAGGACCCCAGUGGCUCGUCUACUGGUCCUGGUGCUGGAGUCGGGGCGUACGACUGGCUUGACCUUGCUGUCGGCAGCGACACCGGUGGUUCCAUGCGUGGUCCGGCAGGAUCCCAAGGUCUCUUCGGAAACCGGCCUUCUACGGGCGCCAUCUCCCUCGAACAUGUUAUUCCACUGAGUCCCGUCUCAGAUACCGCCGGAAUGUUCGCUCGCAGUGGUAGUCUCUGGGCCAAGGUCACACAGGCUUGGUAUCCUGACUUUGCUUCCAACUAUACUUCCUACCCGACGACACUCUACCAAUCAACGGCUAGAGGCGGCGCCUGGUCUGGGGCAAACGUUAGCGAGGAAGCCACCAGUGUUAUCGCGAACUUCGUAGGAAACCUGGAAGGCUACCUGCAAGCUAACUCAACUCCUGCAAACUACACGCAGCUCUGGAGCGAGACUCACGGAGACAGACCAGCCGAUGUUAACGAGAUGUUGUACCUCACCUAUGGCGUCUACGUCUCCCAUGAUCAGUGGAACGAACUCGGCAAGCCAUUCUUCGAGGACUAUGCAGCCAAGUUUGACGGACGGCAACCAUACAUCAAUCCAGGGCCCCUCGCUAGAUGGCAAUGGGGUCAGAUUCACUCGACGGAAGAAGUGUACGCCGAAGGCCUCCGCAACAUUUCCCUCUUUAGAUCUUGGUAUGAGACUGAGGGUUACGGACGACAUGAUCCCGAGUCUUGCUCCGAGGGCCUCUACAUCUACCCUUGGUCUGUAGGCCAGCCCUCUUAUCGCGAUAUCUACCUCCAGGUCCGGACCACACCGCCGCUGGGCUUUGACGACUCUUCCGUCCCGGUCAUGGCCGGUGCUCCGGAAGUAGUGGUUCCCAUCGGAGAAGUCCCUUACGCUAGCACCAAGUCGUUGCAUACAGAAUAUCUCCCUGUGACUAUGGCUCUGAGAAUGGCAAGGGGAUGCGAUCAUCAUCUCGCAAAUCUAGUGAGUGAUCUGGAGAAAGACGGUAUUCUUCGCCCAGUAGCUGCGGGUCGCCGGCUGUACCCUUGAGUAUCGGUCUCAUGCUAGCCCCCCACCAGCCGGCAUGGUCGGGAUCGGACCGGCGGGAUUUACAUGGAGCUGUAGAGCGACCUAGGCCGUUUUACCCCGCAAAGUACAUGGUUGUGACGUCGAUAUGUGCCCUUCAACGCCUAAGACCCCUCAUCAGGUGUAAUCAGAUUACUGAUCUAGUUCGAGCCAAAAACAAUUACUUGUAGUCUAGCAUCAUAAUAGUAAC